AUGCUGGAGCUGAGGCACCGAGGAGGCGGCCCCGGGGGAGCGGGGGCGCCGCCACCCCGCGAAGGAGAGGCGGCCGGCGGCGACCACGAAACCGAGAGCACCAGCGACAAAGAAACAGAUAUUGAUGACAGAUAUGGAGAUUUGGAUUCCAGAACAGAUUCUGAUAUUCCAGAAAUUCCACCAUCCUCAGAUAGAACCCCCGAGAUUCUCAAGAAAGCUCUAUCUGGUUUAUCUUCAAGAUGGAAAAACUGGUGGAUUCGUGGAAUUCUUACUCUAACUAUGAUUUCCUUGUUUUUCCUGAUCAUCUAUAUGGGAUCCUUCAUGCUGAUGCUCCUGGUUCUGAGCAUCCAAGUGAAAUGCUUCCAUGAAAUUAUCACUAUAGGUUACAGAGUCUAUCGUUCCUAUGAUCUACCAUGGUUUAGAACACUAAGCUGGUACUUUCUAUUGUGUGUGAACUACUUUUUCUAUGGAGAGACUGUAGCUGAUUAUUUUGCUACAUUUGUUCAAAGAGAAGAACAACUUCAGUUCCUCAUUCGCUAUCAUAGAUUUAUAUCAUUUGCCCUCUAUCUGGCAGGUUUCUGCAUGUUUGUGCUGAGCUUGGUGAAGAAACAUUAUCGUCUGCAGUUUUAUAUGUUCGCAUGGACUCAUGUCACUUUACUGAUAACCGUUACUCAGUCACACCUUGUCAUCCAAAAUCUGUUUGAAGGCAUGAUAUGGUUCCUUGUUCCAAUAUCAAGUGUUAUCUGCAAUGACAUAACUGCUUACCUUUUUGGAUUUUUUUUUGGGAGAACUCCACUAAUUAAGUUGUCUCCUAAAAAGACUUGGGAAGGAUUCAUUGGCGGUUUCUUUUCCACAGUCGUGUUUGGAUUCACUGCUGCCUACGUGUUAUCCAAAUACCAGUACUUCGUCUGCCCCGUGGAAUACCGAAGUGAUGUCAACUCCUUCGUCACGGAAUGUGAGCCCUCAGAACUUUUCCGGCUUCAGAGUUAUUCACUUCCACCCUUUCUAAAGGCAGUGUUGAGAUGGGAAACGGUGAGCUUGUACCCUUUCCAGAUACACAGCAUUGCCCUUUCAACGUUCGCAUCUUUAAUUGGCCCAUUUGGAGGCUUCUUUGCCAGUGGAUUCAAAAGGGCUUUCAAAAUCAAGGAUUUUGCAAACACCAUUCCUGGCCAUGGUGGGAUAAUGGACAGAUUCGAUUGUCAGUAUUUGAUGGCAACUUUUGUACACGUGUACAUCACAAGUUUUAUAAGGGGUCCAAAUCCCAGCAAAGUGCUGCAGCAGUUGUUGGUGCUUCAACCAGAGCAGCAGCUAAAUAUAUAUAAAACCCUGAAGACUCAUCUCAUUGAGAAAGGAAUCCUGCAGCCCACCCUGAAGGUAUAGCUGGAUCUAGAGGGGAAGCACUGGCAAGAAGGAACUCUCCAGAGCAGCACUGACAGAUGCAGUUUUGAUUGUACAGAAAAACGGUUGAACAUGUAAUAGAUUGAAGUUUGUUCAGACACGAAUGUUUCUCUCUGAAAUUACUGUGAAUAUUUAACAAACACUCGGUCUCAGUUAUGAAAUAAGUAGCCAGUUGCCAGCAGCAUAUCCUGUACUUCUUCUGGAGUGUGUUUUCUGAUGUGAACUUCCUUCCUCUUACUUGCUGGGUCUCAUAGUUUAAAAGACUUGUAUUUUAAAGAGUCAAGCACUAUCAAAUGAGUAAGUCGAGGAUGUCUUAAAAUCGCACCUGGCAGCGUGCCCGUUUGCACAAAUAUUUACGUUCGCACUUGGAGCUGCUCCUAAUCGUAGCAAAAUGUUUUAUGCAAGGCACAACAGGAAGUCACUUCUGCGCUUCCUCCUCACAUAGUCUGAAGUAUUUUCUAAAGGGCUUAGUUGGAU